UGUCAACAAGCGAUGCUAAAAUCUUCGUAACCACAUCCCAUCUUUUAUCUGCAUUUGCGGUCUUCCCGCCGUCGGUUGCAUGUGCAUAAAUACUCCCUCGCAACCUUUUCGCACAGUCAGUCGAUCUCUGAUGUUCGCGAUGGCAUCCAAUAGCACCAAGUUUCAUGGUCUUCUUCAGCGGCCUUACGAGCCCAUGUUCCUGCCCAAGUCCAAUGGACAGGUAUACUUCGACCUUCCCGAUAACUAUCUCACGGAUCGUUACCGUCCUCUCGGUCAAUCGCUUCAGAACCGCUUUGGUUCCAACGUACAAACCAGGAUCCCCGUGCAAAACAUUACCGCUCCUGAUAUAACGUUUGCCCAAGUGAUUCCCCGACGCGGAGGUUUCAGUGUAUUCAACCAACGUCAUCGUCAAGUGGCUGGCAGACUGAUUGAGAUGUUCCUGAAUCAGAAUGAUGCCGAUACGCUGUGUGCUGUUGCUUCGUAUUGCAGAGAUCGCUUGAAUGGACCACUUUUUCAGUAUGCUUUGUCCGUAGCCCUACAACAUCGCACAGAUACGGCCGAAAUACCGGUGCCAAGUUUCCUAGAACUGUUUCCAGAUCGAUUCAUUGAAGCAUCCGCGUUUCCACAGCUACAGGAAGAAGGCAGAAUUGUUAAUCAAGGUGAUAGAAUGGCCAUCGAUAUUCCGGUGAACUAUACGGCUUCGGAUCGAGAGCUUGAGCAGAGAAUGGCCUAUUGGCGUGAGGAUAUCGGCGUCAAUCUACACCAUUGGCACUGGCAUCUGGUGUAUCCUGCUGAAGGUCCAGAUGUUGUCGUUCGCAAAGAUCGCCGUGGAGAACUGUUCUACUAUAUGCAUCAACAAACGAUGGCUCGGUACAAUAUUGAACGAUUUUGCAAUGGUCUGUCAAGAGUACGUCCUUUUGCUCAACUGCGAGAACCAAUUCCAGAUGGGUAUUAUCCGAAAAUUACCCAGAGUUCUAAUAAUCGAUCCUAUCCGGGUCGUGGUCGAAAUCAACUUCUAAAUGAUUUGAAUCGUGUUGAGGAUCAAGUUAUUGUUUCGAUUACUGAUAUGGAAACAUGGACUGGUAGAAUAUUCGAAGCAAUCGACUCAGGAUCUGCAUCAACGUCCGAUGGCCGUCAAAUCCCUCUUGACAACAAAUCUGGCAUCGACGUGCUGGGAAAUAUGGUGGAAAACUCGUCCCUUUCACCGAACGUUAACUUUUAUGGCAGACUACACAACGAAGGACACAACAUGCUGGCCUAUGUGCACGAUCCGGACAACUCGUUUUUGGAAAGUUUCGGAGUAGUUGGGGACAAUACGACGGCAAUGCGAGAUCCAGUCUUCUACCGUUGGCACCAACACAUCGACGAUAUUUUCCAACGUCAUAAGCGCCGUUUCAAACCGUACACCAAGGACGAUCUUUCCUUUUCGGAUGUUGAAGUGGACUCAUUCAACGUUCAACUCAAUCGAGCUGGAGCUAAGAACAACAUUUUGCUGACAUUUUGGCAACGAUCCCAAGUGGAUUUGGGAGCUGGUCUCGAUUUUGGACCCGAAGGCAACGUGUUCGCCACAUUUACCCAUAUCCAACAUGCUCCCUUUACUUACAGGAUCGAGAUAAAGAACGAAAGUAGAACUCCUAAGCGUGGCACUGUUCGUCUGUUUAUGGGCCCUAGAACCGAUGAGAAGGGCAACAACAUUCCGUUUGGCGAUCAGCGUCGUUGGAUGAUCGAGCUAGAUAAAUUUACUGUCAACUUGAACCCAGGCGAGAAUAAUGUAGUGCGCCGAUCGGAACAAUCCAGUGUGACCAUUCCGUACGAGCGUACGUUCCGAAACAUUGCCAUGUCCAAUCAACCCGAGAGCGAUCAAUUCAGGUUCUGCAACUGUGGCUGGCCAUCGCACAUGUUACUUCCGAAAGGUACCCCACAGGGCCAGCAGUACGACCUGUUUGUGAUGGUAUCCAAUUUCAACAACGACACGGUUAACCAGGAGUAUAACGAAAACACGCCUUGCGACGAUUCUCACUCGUUCUGCGGCUUACGUGACCGAAUGUAUCCCGAUGCACGCAACAUGGGCUUCCCGUUCGACCGAGUGACGCCGUCAAACGUGUCCAGCUUGAAGGAAUUCGUUAAACCUUACAAGAACAUGGCCACAACUCCGAUACAAAUACGUUUCACAAAUACAGUUAUCGCAAGAUCAUGAGAGGGAUUUCUUUUCUCUUCUAUCGUAAAAAAUCGUAAAAUGUGGAAAGCUUGAUCGGUACUGAAUAAUUUAUAUCACGCAAACUGGAAUAUUUGACUGGAAUUCUUCAAUAAACUAUUUCUAAUUGGCAAAAUA